AUGACUCAGAAGCUCAUCAUGAAAUCUGUCUUAUCCGUUCAGUCCCAUGUAGCUCAUGGCUAUGUAGGAGGAAAGGCCGCCACAUUCCCCCUUCAGUGUCUUGGUUGGGAUGUGGACAACAUUAACACUGUCAACUUCUCGAACCAUACGGGUUACGGUUUCGUGAAAGGCAGUGCAAUUUCUCCACUAGACAUGUCUGCAUUAUUUAAAGGCCUUGCCGAUAUAAACUGCAAGUACACGGCGGUGGUUCUGGGAUACAUCCCUUCUGCAGACCUUAUAGACAUUCUCGCUGCCAAUAUCAAACGCAUGAGGACCGAUAAUCCUCAACUUCUUUAUGUAUGUGAUCCAGUCAUGGGUGAUCAGGGCCAUCUUUAUGUGGACGAGUCGUGUGUGGAAGCGUAUCGUCGUCUAUUGACUGCUGGAAUUGUGGACAUCAUAACGCCAAACCAGUUUGAGUUGGAGCUUCUUACAGGCUCUAAGAUCGACUCGGACUUAUCACUACGUGAGGCUGUAGCAUAUGCCCAUGCAACAUACAAUGUCAAACAUGUGGUUGUAUCGAGUUUGAGCGGCGAGAUUUCCAUGAGUAGCAAGCCUGACCCUGACUCGUUAUAUUGUGCAUUAUCUUCCCAUGGAGACGAGAGUAUCACUGUGUUUCGUAUUCCUGUCAUCAAGUCCUACUUCACUGGUGUGGGAGACAUGUUCACGGCUCUUUUGCUUGACAAGUACUAUAACAGCUGCGAUGACAUGGCCAAGGCAGUCAAUCAGGUGUUGACCAUCAUGUCCAAGGUUCUCCACUUGACACAUACCUUGGGUUUGCAAGAAUACUGUGAGUAUAAGAAGAUUCCACUACCCAGACAUACAGAUUCGCAGAUGGUUUUAGAGAGCAAGAUGAACGAUGCUGAUUCGAUGCAGUUCUUUGAGCUAAGAGUCAUUCAGGCUAGAGAUUACUAUGGGUACAAUGGCGAAGGGAAUCAUGCCAGUUUCACCAUAUAG